AGCCUGCCUUCCCAGAUCUGCCUUUCCCCGGGAACCUCACCUGGGGCGCAUUUUUCUCUUAUGGGGUUCCUAAAGUCUCAAAGUUGGGACCAGUUAAGUUUGCGUGUAUUAACGCUCACGGUGUCCUAGGCGGUUCUAAAUCUCAGGCUUUUAUUUGUCCAUCCGGCUUUGGAGCUGAAGUUGGAGGAGGGCAGCUAACAUCCGGUUGCACGGAGACACGGACACGGGGCUCAGGAGGAGUGGCGCGCCGCUGGCCCACCUGGACCUGGCCACCCUUCCCGGUUCCUGGCGGUGGUCGUGCAGUCACGGGGCCUGAGGACGCGCGGCGGUGCGGGUUGCAGCAGAACCGCCGUGUUGAAAUGCCCGGUGUUGAAAGCCGGAGUUCACCGCACCCCGUCCUGAAGGAAGGAGGCUGAGUGUCUGCAGCACUUGCUCCCUGAGCGUGACGGAGCAGCCUGUCUUCCCUUACGAUAAAAGCCGCAUUUGGCUGAUGAGCAAAGUGACGAGGUCGCCGAGUGAGACUGAGGACAUCUGGGAAACAGAGGAAGAUGACAUGACGGAAGGUGACCUAGGGUAUGGCCUCGGAGGAAGACCCAGCGGGAUUUAUGAAGUUUCGUGUUCGAUUGCAUCUAAGAAAAGGUCAGAUGGAAGGAACCUAAGCCCCCCUCCGUUUCCAAGAAAGGGGGAAGAAAGAAGCGAAACCAGUUUUCAGUAUUCCGGGACUGAGGGUUUGCGGGAUACACGCGCUCACGGACGCAGAGCGUCCGGCUACAGGCGGCAGAGCAGCGCUGAUUCUAACUCAGAAUUGUCAAAUGAACAAUUAAGGCAGCGUCUUCAUGAAACUUUAGAGGAAGUAGAGAUUUUAAAAACUGAACUUGAAGCCUCUCAAAGACAACUUGAAGGUAAAGAGGAAGCAUUGAAAAUCCUUCAAAGCAUGGCAGUGCUUGACAAGGCCACAAGUCACACACAGACAGUGCUUCAAAAAACCAUAGAACAAAAGCGAUCUCUGGAGAAGGAAAUAAAUGCCUUGCAGUGGGAAAUGGAAUUUGAUCAGGAUAGAUUUAAAAAUAUAGAGGAAUCGUGGAUCCAAAAGUAUGACAGACUAAGCUGUGACAAUACUGUCCUCAGAGAGAAUCUGAAGGUGAAGACAGAAGAAAUUAAAGCGCUCAAGUCUGAAAAUGCUGUUUUGAACCAGCGGUAUUUGGAGACACUUGCCAUGCUUGAUAUCAAACAGCAGAAGGUGGCUCUGGAGAACAUGGCUCAGGAGGACAGUGCCUUUACAGAGGUAUCCGGACUCGAGCUUGCAGUUCUUGGAGCCUGCCUGUGUCGCGGUCCUGGAGGGAACCCCUGUUCUUGUGCCAAAAUGGCAGCGUCCACUCGGAAACUGGUUCUUCAGCUCAGACAUGAGCUGGAAAUUCUGCAGAAAAGUAAGGAAGAGGCUCAUAUAAUGGCAGAUGCAUUCAGAAUUGCUUUUGAACAGCAGUUAACGAGGAGAAAUGACCAGGCGCUGAGACUGGCACACGCAGAUAAGUGUCGACGAGCAGCAGCGUGGACCAACAGGCAGCACCUGAAAGACGAGGGAUAUGCGUCCCAAAGGAGAAAGAAGACCUUAGGGCAGCGACUGCUGGGGAUGCUCCCUUCAGAAAACAGUUCUAAGAGGACUGAAGACCAAGACAGCCCACAAGAAGUCCUUAAGAUGCUAGUAGACUUGCUGAAUGACAAAGAAGAAGCACUGGCUCAUCAAAGAAAGGUCAGUUACAUGCUUGCUCGGGCGCUGGAAGACAAAGACACUGCCGCCAAGAAGAAUAAGGACAAAAUUCCCACGAACCAGAAAUCCCCAUUCACAGCCCCCUGGCAGGAAGUUUCAGGACACUGUGUUUUGUGUGACCCAGCACACUCAAAUGUCCAUGUUUCUGAUCCUGUGGGCUGUAUUUGUUCAGUCCACCACCCCCAGAGAGAUUCAGACUGCUCAAGGACUCUUAAAAGAUCCCAUUCUUUGCCAUCAAAUAUAUUUAAAGAAUAAACCAGCUGGAAUCAGAAUUAGAGCUGUUAAAAAUCAAGUCUGGGCUGGAAAUGUAUCUCAGAGGUAGGACACUUGGUCAGUGUGCAUAAGGCCUUGGGUUUAGCACAUGGUGGCACACACCUUCAAUCCCAGCACUCAGGAAGCAGAAGCAGGCAAUCUAACUCUGAGGCCAGCCUGGUCUAUAGAGCAAGUUCCAGGACAGCCAGGGCUCCACAGAGAAACCCUGCCUAGAAAAACCAUAAAGGCCUCAGGUUUGAUGUUCAGCAUUGCAAAGACUUUGAAAGAGAAUCCAGAGUAUGGAGGAUCCUAAUUUAUAAAUAAAUCCCAGCACUUGGGAGCCUGAGGCAAAAAUACUAUGAUUUGAGGGCCGACAAGAUAUAGCGAGAUACAGAUACUGCCAAAAACCACAAAAAGAAUUACAUAAUUUUGAUAAUAUUAAGAAGUAUGCUUUCUAAAUAUUUUAAAAAUGUUAGCAUAGUAAUUUACAAAGCAGUAAGUUCGUUAUGAUAUCUUAAUACAUGUAUUAACAAUGUAUGUGUUUAACUACAUCCCUCCCUUUUAGUUUUAGGAUGCAGCUCAAGUACUCAAACCUUUAACACGUGUUCUAUAAGAAAUGUAUUAGUACUGUACUCUAUAUGUACUAUGUUGACAUUUUAUUUAUAAAGUGCUUUUUGAUAUUUUGACAGUAUCAAUGACAAGUAUUCUUGGGAAAAAUUCAGUUAUUUGUGGAGCUGGGGAGAUAGCUCAGUCGGUGCAGUGUUCCCUUGCUAGCAUGAGGCUGAGUCUGAUCCUCAGCAGCCACAGGAAAAGCCAGGUGCGAUGGAGCACACCUGACCGCUGGAGAUGCAGAGGGUUUCCAGGCUAGCCAGCUCCUCCUAACAGGAGAGCCCCAGACUCCAGCAAGAGACCCGCCUCAAAAGAAAGGUGGACAAAACCCAAGGCUGACUUCUGGUGAGCACAUACAUACAUACAUGUACACACACACACUCACACACA